AUGCUUUUAGGCUCUUGUCCACGAUUCAGGAAAUUUCAACGUCAUCCAUUACAACCAGAUUCUUACUCAGAUCUUGAGGUCAGACAGCGAUUGGUACUUUGCUGUUUUACCUUUUUGGCCAUCAUCAAUACAUACACCAUGCGACUGUGUCUGGAUUUUUCCCUGAACCGGAUCGUCCUAGAAUGUGAUGGUGGAAGGGAGGGUCAGAGCUUGCAAGAUCCUCAAGUUCUCAAACCAAAAUCCUUACCAAAUUGGCGUUUGGAACUGGCUAUGAAACUGAAUAGGACGACAUAUAAUUCAAGGAGAAGGCUAAAAGCAGGCAAAGAUUUGCCCUAUACAGAUCAAAUUAAAGCGGUUCGCAAAAGGAGUCCUCCUGUCCAGGAGGAUUCACAUAAACGGAUCAGCUGCUCCGAGCUGUGGUCUCGUCAAACCCAAUCCCUAGUAAUAAUGGCUUUCUAUGCCGGCUACGUGCUUACCCACAUUCCGGGCGGACGUCUAGCGGAGAGAUAUGGUGGAAAAUGGGUUCUCGGAGUGGCCAUCCUAACGUCAGGGAUGCUAACACUUUUAACGCCCACGGCAGUGCGUCGGGGCGGUCCGUAUGUCCUGGUUGGUGUUCGUCUCUUGGUUGGCCUUUGUGAGGGUCCUUGCUUUCCAGCCGUAAGUGCUCUUCUGGCUCAAUGGGUUCCCGAUCAGGAACGUGGAAUGUUGGCCAGCUGCGUCCUUAGUGGCGGUGAGAUUGGAAUCACAGUGGUCCAGUUGGUCAGCGGAUUGGUUAUCGCAGAGCAAGAUUGGCCCAUGGUCUUCUAUUUGGUUGGAGGAGGCGCUGUGAUGUGGUUUUUAGGAUUCACCCUAGUUUGCUAUAGUACUCCGGACCACUGCCCAUUUAUUCAGAGCGAAGAGAGGGAAUAUAUUAAGUGUCAUACCAGUGCUUCGCUGCUGUUAAUCCAGAGUAGAGAAAGAGAGGACAGGGAACGGGCAGAAGGAGAGACUGAAGUCUGGGAUGCCCGCAGAGAAGUAGAUGAGACUUCCAGUGCAGCACCUUGGAGGAGCAUGCUGAAUAGUUCUCCGAUCUGGGCACUUGUUUUAACCUCCAUGCAGCAAGAAUUCCAACAGAAAUUGCCUCAGGAGCUGCAGAGUGUGUUAGACGAAGUAAAGAGCCGUGGAAGCAGUUUGUCGGAUGAACUCUCCACUACUAUCGAGUUAAUAGCACCUUACAUUGGAAACUGGUUGGCUUCUCUAACUACAGGGCGUCUGAGUGAUGUGCUAAUUGAACAGCAGAUCCUCACUCGAACGCAGACUCGACGUCUGAUGUCCUGGUUGGUCUUUGUAUGUGGAUCCAUGUACAUGCUGCAGAUGAAGGCGAACGGAUCAAGGAUAUGGAGUGUCCUGGCCAUGGGGGCUUAUUAUGCGAGCAUCAAGCUAUUACCGCUGGAUAUGAGUCCGAACUACGCUGGCACACUGAUGGGAAUCUCUGGCGGAAUGGAAACUCUUCCAGCACUUUUGAUGCCCUAUUUGGAAAAAUUGGAGACGGAUUACCAUGUAGUUAGCAGCGUAAGGGCCGCUAUAUGGGUAAUCGGCGCCAGCUACAUUUCCGGCGAUGUGCAGGCGUUUAAUGAACCGGAACCUCAACAAUAAUGAGGACAAU